UUGAAACCUCCCUAGGAGUUGAAAUUAAUGAAAAUGACGAUGAUGAUAUGAUUUUUUGGCAGUUAAUCUUGAAAUUUCAUCCAGAUAGUGAAAUUUGCACAGAAAAAUGGAUUUUUCGAUCAAACUUUCGGAUAAGCUAGUCAAUUAAAACGUCAUAAGGCUAAAACUUUAGCGUCCGGUGGUCUUUGUGAUAGAUAUUGAUGAAACUUGGUGGCAAUUUGAUUUUGUUAUGAAUGCAAAAUAAGUGCAGAUACAAAUAGUAAUGGUGCUUGAAAUGUGGGAAAAUGAACGUCAGGAAAUCUGUCUGAGAAUUACAAAAGAUACAGGAUUUUGUGUAAAUACUUCAAAAGCAUAAUAAGCAGUUGAUUGCAAAGUUUUAAAGUGUAGAAUUUUUUAGCUCGGAUCUAAACAAAUAUUUAGAAAGAUAAGUAAAUAUGAGUUAACGAUUUAUAAUACCUUACCACGGGAAAGAAAAACAUUUUUCCAUUCUUUUGUAACUCGUGAAAACGAAUCAUAACGCAUUCAAGCCUAAUUCAAAAGACUUUGUAAUUGAUAUAUGAACUGUGGAAAGUGAAAAACAAUGGCACUUGAUCUAAUGGUUUUUGCCUAGUGAUCUGGUCUUCAUUUGUUGUGAAAUUAUACUUAAUGGAUUAAAUGUGAAAAACUAAACAUAUUUAAAUGGAUGAACUGUGAAGAAUGGCUAGACUUAAAUAUGGAUGAAAUGAGACAAGUAAACUAUACUUAAAUGGUUGAAAUGUUAAGAAUUCACUAUACUUUAGUGGAUCAAAGUGAAAAUUAACUAUACUUAAUUGGAUGAAAUGUGAAGAUUUAACUUAAAUGGUAAAUGAAAUGUGAAAAAUUUACUAUUAUACUUUAGUAGCUCAUAUGUGAAAAAUUAACUAUACUUAAGUGGAUGAAAUGUGAAAAAUAACUAUACUUAAGUGGAUGGAAUGUGAAAAAUAACUAUACUUAAGUGGAUGGAAUGUGAAAAAUAACUAUACUUAAGUGGAUGGAAUGUGAAAAAUAACUAUACUUAAGUGGAUGGAAUGUGUAAAAUAACUAUACUUAAGUGGAUGGAAUGUGUAAAAUAACUAUACUUAAGUGGAUGCAAUGUGAAAAACUAACUAUACUUAAGUGGAUGGAAUGUGAAAAAUUAACUAUAUUUAAGUGGAUCCAAGUUUAAAAUUAACUAUACUUAAGUGGAUCAAAGUGAAAAAUUAACUAUACUUAAGUAUAUCAAGUGAAAAAUUAGCUGUAGUUAAGUGGAUCAAAGUGAAAAUUUAACUAUACUUAAGUGUUUGAACGUGGAAAAAAAAUGUAGCAUGCAACAACCAUUUUGUAAUAAUUAACAAUUUCAGAAUUGGGUGUCAUGAAUGUUUUCAUAGAAUGAUUGACGAGAUAUUUGUUUGUGAAUCCAAGUAAUUUUUCUUAAAAUAUAGGAGUUUAAUAACAAAAGAUCUAAGGAAUGAGUGAUAUUGUGAUAACAUCUAGUUGUUGGCAAAUAUUGACCAAAAAGUGAUAUAUUUUUAUAUAAAUGUGCAUUUAUAUUAAGAUUUUUGCGUAAGUUUUUGUAAGCAAAUGGAUUUAAGGAUCUAAAUGAAUGAACAAAAUUGCCAAAAAAACAGAUUUAUGGAUCUGUAGGAUAGGAAAUUAUCUUGACCUUAGUUUUAAUACAAGCAAUAUAUUAACCUGCAUGACAAAAUGAACUCCGGGUGAGCUUUAGAAUGAUUACAAAAUAAAUUUAUGGCAUUUUGAAGAUUGGCCCUUGAAGUUUGAAAGGUUUCAACAGAGUCCCAAUGUUGUCUCUGUAAACAUUCACCCAGCAUUGUGAAAGACCAACAUUUUAAAUUUCUGUUUGUAUGUGAUUAUUCAAAGAGUGAUUAGUCUAAUCCCACGGUUUUAAGACUACUUUGUUAUGGUUCCAAAAGCGUGCAACGUUAAGUAAACUUCGCCGAAUUUGGAUGUUCCUAUGGACAGCUAUGAUGUUUAUCGAUUAAACACCGGUUUUGCAAUUGUCAGAUUGCACUGAACUUCAUAUUGUCUUCUGUUUGAGUCCUAAAUGAAUCAUUUAUUUAUCUUAAUCUCGAAGAUAAACAUCUUUCAAGUUUGUACGGCAGGCAAAGAUAAUCAACCAUUUUAAGACCACAUGAAGAAAUAGUAAUUAACAUUUUUACCAAUACUCUCUAGUUUACCAAUCGCAGAUUAUUUGUAAGCUGCUUGAGAUAAUUAUUUAACAUUGACCUUAAUCAUUGAAAAGAAAUAAUCGGAAUGAACAAAUAUUGGUAAUAAGACGUUUAUUGAUGACAAAUAAACAUGUUCAAGACUGAACAAACUAGGACAGCGGCAUUUGCUACUCGGGUAGAUAAACCACUCGAACAGAGCACAUUAAAGAGAGGUAAACGCAAACCCCAAUACCUGGACGUUGCUUUAGCACAAGGAAGCAGUUACGAUCAGUUUUCCAAUACAAAAGCAGCGAAGAAUUCCAAAGGAGAUCAACAUGGACUUAAAAAUGUGACGAAGGAAAAUAAUGUGCCAAAACAGACAAAAGUUAAUGCUUUCACUGGUAAACAAGCUACAGGGGGAUCUAUAACUGCAAGGACUUCAAGUUUAAAUGAUGUGAGAGUGUCAAAGGAUACUUCAAAAACUGUAAAUACUGACAGGUCAGAUAAUACUGCACAUACAUUCAAGGAGAGAGCUAAGUUUGAGAGUCAGAAGAAUCAGAAAUUGUACGAGAGGCUGGACCGUAUGUUAGCUGGUGGAUAUGGCAUAAAAUACCCAGAUCCAGAAGAUAUACCUCCACCAGAUACUGCACCACCAGUGAAAAAUAAGCGCAAAGAGCGAGUGACUGUCAUUACCAAAGAGGCUUUGUUUCCCUCAAUUUCUAAAGAGGCGAGACAGAAGUACACAACUGGAGAUCUACCACACACCGGUGUUGUUAGAGCAAGGCCUGGGAUCAGUGAAGAAAAUGUGACAUUAGAAACAAGAGAGCUUAAAGCUAAAGCCAGGUUAGAUAAGCUUGAUAGAAUUGACUCAUUUUCAUUUGGAGAUUUUACGAGAAAGACUAAGAAUAGACAACCAUUAGCAGGACCUGUACAGUCCAAUGCUAGACCUAUUUUGAAGCAGUCUCCAAAUCCAGAUGAGCAGAUAACGCAGACUGCUAGUAUAAGUGUUGGUAUACCUAUAAAUUCUGGUGAAACCACAAGCAGGCGUCAUAUUGUAGCAGACGUCCCUGUGUAUCUGCCACAUUUUGCAGGCGGGAACCAACCAGUACAGACUGUAGUCAAUGUAGACCCUACAAAGCCGGUUCCCAUUGAUAGAGUAUAUGAAAGUACCAUCCCUGGUGCUAAAUCUCAGCUCAAGCCAGGGCAAAAACUUUAUCAUGCACCUGAAGCUUUUGUUGGCCCAGUGCCAGGAUUGGAUACAGUUGUUUCUGAAGUGCAAGGCGGUGAUCCAGUUUUGAACACAUACAGAUCAUACGGUAACCCUAUAAGUGAACGUCUUCUAAGAGAACAAGCUGAGAGGGGAAGAGAAAUACUUGAUAGAGGAAACUUGAAGUACUUUGAUGAAGAUCCUAAUGAAAGCGAAGAGAGUGGAAAGAAAAGUGUUCCAGCUACAUUACAUUCUGACCCUGGUCCGCAUGAUCGAGUAUUUAGCCAACUAGAUAGAAGUGUUGAUACAAACCGAACAAGUCCUGAAGGAUAUAGAGCACAACUAGAAAGACAACAUAGGUUGGAGAAAGAGGCAAAGAUUAUAAAAAAGGCAGAAGUAAAGCAAGCUUUUAAGGAAGAGCCUGAACAUGGACUAAGUACCAGAAGAGGGAAGUAUGACAAUCAGUAUCAAGUUGAUUUCUAUGCCCAGAAAACAAGGUCAGAAAUAAGACUUAAAAAUAAAGACCUAGAAAGAGAGGAUUCUUGGAUAAAGGAGCAGCUUGAAAAACCAUUAAGGUCUCCAGCAAAUAUGGAUUCGUAUAGAGGUCAAGGUUAUGGUGGAAAUAGUUACAGAGGAGGUCCUUAUGGAGCUGAUACGGAUAGAGGGCAAGGCACGUACAGAGUUGAGGAACAUGACCAAAAAAGAGACAAUAGGUCAUACAAACUUCCUGAUGCAAUUAAAGAGAGAGAAAGGUAUGGGGAAAGAGAUCAGAACAGAUACAGUGACAGAGGUGAAAGAACAUAUAGGGAAGAAGAUAAACAUAGACAAGAAAUCAGGGAGAGAGAAAGGAGACCACCUGAUAGAGAUGUGUUGCCCUAUGAUUCAAGAUACGAAAGAGAGAGAAGAGAUAUGAGGAGAGAAGAAGGAAGGGAAAAGAGAGACUAUGUAAGAGACGACAUAGAUAGGAAAGAGCAUGAAAGAAGAGAUGAAAAAAGAGAACUUGAUAGACGGGAUGAAAGGAGAAGUGAACCUUAUAGAGGAAGGGAGGAAAGGAAAAGUUAUGAACCUGACAGAGAAACGGAGAGAUAUAAUGACAGAGAUAGAAACACCUUUGGUAAAGAUGAUAGAAGAGUUAUUGAUAGUGAAAGGCGAGACACAAGUGUUGGACAAGGUAGGCCAAAUGGAGUAAGGGAUGAGAGGGAUAGGAGAGACUACAGAGAUGAUGCUAGAUACGAUAGAAGCCAAAGACAGGAAACAAAUAGAGAAAGAGACAGGUAUGAAACUCAAAGAAGUGAUGACACUAGGCAAAGGCCUUCACCAGGAGAAGACAGGUCAAGGCCUUCACAAGGAGAAGACAGGUCAAGAAAUGGGAACAGAAAUAGUGAUGGAAAGGUGCAGUAUGUUCUUAGGAGUAAAAGUAGUGAAAUGAGAAAAUCUAGGUCUUCACAAAAAAGUGGGCCAUUGCCAGAAAGUGUACCACCAUCUUCUACUGAGUUAGUAAGAGAGAAGAGUACUAGGUCUUCCAAAUAUUCAUUUGAUAGCAAUAAACUUUCACCAGGUGUACAGGCUUCCAGACCAAGUGGAAAUAGUCCAAAAGCAUUGCCUACUUAUGAAACUGCAGCACCAGCAGCAGAUAAAAAAUCUGAUGACAUGAAUAAAUACUUUGAUGAUCCAGACAGGCCAGUUAGUCCUACCUACUAUUCAGACAGUUCAAAGAAAGGGUUUACAAAACCAAAAGAUUUUAGAAAUGGUGAACUCAUGACUCCUGUGCAAGAAAUGUCCGUAAAAAUGUCAGAGGAUGAUGAUAAAGAAAGCAACGCCACAAAGAAAGAUAAAAGUGUUAAAGAAUCAAUAGAUCCAUAUGAAAGAAGUGAUAAACCAAAGCUUUUGUUAGUCAAUGAAAAUAAACAUGACAUAAAGGAGGAUAGGCGAUCACCAUGGAGAAAGGAUGAAGAAACACCAAGAGAUGGAAAAAGUCCUUCUUUGAAAGAAGACCCACCAAGUAGGUUAAUGAGAAUUGAUUCUGACAGAGAUUUGCAUAGACAGUUAUCUAAGGGUCCUGACUCUGUUGAAGUUAUAAAAGAAAGAAUAAGAGAGAAAACAUUGGAAAAAAUGAAAGAGAAAGAAAUGAAAAUAGAAUUGAAACCGGAAAGGGAAAGAACUAUUGAUAGUCAAGGACCGACUGAUAAUAAAGACAAGAUUGAGGUUGAGGAUGAAGAUUUGGAUGACUUGGAUUUAGACAAUAUUGAAACUGAAAUGGAUGGUAAUGAGUUAUACGUAUGUUAUCUAGUCACUGAUAAUGGUGAAAAGAUAGGUCCACUGAAAUUAGACAUAAAUGAUGUAAAAGUUGGACUGCCAAAUGCUGAGAAGUUGGAUAAACUAAUGAAAGAAGAGGAAGCAAAAUCUAAAGAAGAGGAAUCACAGUCGAAGGAAGUAAAUGAUGAAGGUAUGCGGAACAGGCAGACGGGGUCACAUGGUCUCAACGAAUUUUCUAGUCGCAGUCACAGUAUGCUGAUGCUCACGAUUGACUCAGAAAUGCAGGAUCCUGACGACGAAAACCUCUACAUCACCAAACGGGGAAAACUGACUUUUGUGGACCUUGCAGGGAGUGAAAAGGUGAAAGACUCUAACUCCACAUCAGACACGCUAGUGGAAUCCAACAGUAUCAACAAAAGUCUUCUAGUGCUAGGAAAUUGUAUAUCAUCGCUGGGUGACCACAAGCGACGACUGGGCCAUAUUCCGUACAGAGACAGCAAACUAACGAAACUCCUCGCGGACAGUCUAGGCGGGAACGGAGUCACUCUCAUGAUCUGUUGUAUCACGCCUUCUUCCCAUCAUGCAUCGGAAACGAUGAACACGUUGCGGUAUGCAAGCAGGGCAAAGAAAAUACGAACAAAGCCAGUCGUGAAAAUGGACCCGCGGGAAAAGUUGAUUCUCAGUCUGAAGCGGGAAAUCAAGGUGCUGCGGAAUGAAAACCAUUACCUUAGAGAGCAGCCCAAACCUAAGUCAAAAACAGACACUAAAACACCUGGCAAAGAAAAGUCUGAAAAACCGAAACUGGAAUUCCCGGCAAAACCAAAGGGUCAGCUGCAGAAGGAGAAUGACCAGAAGUUUGCACAGAUGAUCAAGGAGACUAAUGGUAAACCUGCGGAAACUAACACCGCACCUACAGCACCUAGUAACCCUGACAAGAUGAAGCAGAAUGGGGUCAGUGAGGAGGCGGGGCUUUAUGAGAUGCUACAGGAAUAUAUGGUGGAAAAUGAGGCACUCAGGACGGAUAACGCGGAGAUGCAGGUGAACAAAGACAAAAUCCGACAGGACCAGCAACUUUUGUAUCGCGAUAACGAGAGACUUAUGAAAAGGGUUGAUGACUUGGAAAGGAGAUUAAACCAUGCUUCAACCUCCUGGCAGUCAAUGCCCCGACAAGGGUCACACCCCUCCCGUGAUGCCUCCCCUAGGGGGUCACCACAGUACGGCAGGGCAGGGGGAAGUGGGGGGAGAGGCCCACAACCCAGAUUACCUCCGCCUCCUAGCGACUUACCAUUACGGGAAAACCCCGCUUUGCGGGAAAACCCAGCAUUAAGAGAUCCUGUUUAUCCUGGCUCUCCACAGGGGCAGCAACAGGGGUAUCAGAGUCCGACCGGGGGCAACGGGAAGGGUAAACCAUCACCCCAGGGCCGGGGCCAGCCCAUGAAACCUCCACACAGAUUGCAAGAUAAUAUACCACCACAAAGGCCAUUGCAUGAACAGAACGGUCCACAGCACAUGAAUGGUCAUCACCAGGGCUACAAUGGUCAGGGGCCACAUCCGGUGGGCCACCCCAGUGGUCAAUAUCGACCCGCCCAGAUCAGCAGCCCAAACAGGCCUAAUGAUCUGCGGAUGGACAGUCGUAGGUCUUCCCAGUCCUCCAGCUCAGAUGCAAUACGAGAUAUGAAUGAACGUCUGCGACAAGAACUUAUGCAGUUAGACGGCGAGAUUCAUCAUCACCAGGCAAUUCAUCAACGACCUCCAUAUAAUAACGUGAGAUGAUAGAACAACAUCACCAUGCUUACCAUGAUGUCAUAACACCCUGCUGCUAUGGUGACCAUCAUGCCGUUCAUCAACGACCUCCAUAUAAUAACAUGAGAUGAAAGAAUAACAUCACCUUGGUUACCAUGAUGUCAUAUCACCCUAUUGCUUUAGUGACCAUUAUGUCGUUCAUCAGAGACCCUUUGUAUAAUAACGUGAGAUGAUAGAAAAUUGUUACUAUGGUUAACAUGACGCCAUUACUCUUUGUUGCUAUGGAGACCAUUACGUCAUUCAUCAGAGACCCUUUGUAGGAUAAUGUGAGAUGAUAUAAAAAAAAAAUGUAACCAUGGUUACCGUGAUGUCAUAGUUUCAGUACUUUUCAUUGCUUUGGAGACCAUGAGGUCAUUCAACAGAAUCUUCCGUAUAAUAACAUGUAGUUAUAGUUAAAAGGAAGUUGUCACUGUGGUUGCUGUGACAUCGUAACUUCCUGCUGCUAUGGGGACAUCAUCACUAUGAUUACUAUGAUAUCAUAACUUCCUGUCGCUAUUGGGGAAAUCAUCACUAUGGUUACUGUGAUUUCAUUUCUUCAUGUUGCUAUGGAAACUUGGGGACACAAGUCACAUGUUGUCUGAUGGUUAUGGAUUUUGUGUUGUCCGAAUUUUAGUAAGGAGUAUAUUUUUGAAAUAAAAGUGUUAUUAAUUAUAAAUAUUCAAUAUAUAGCUUGUUUUUCUAGGGAAAUUACAUCUUAUUCAGUGAUGUUGUAUUGUUACAUGUUCAUACAUGCCAUAUUUUCUGGAGAACAUUCAGGGGGAUUUGUUCAGAACGGCUGAAAUUUAGGGGGAUUUUGGUAGUAUUCAGGGGGAUUUUUUUAGCUGGUUUAAGUCGGCAAAAUUUCAAAGUAUUUUUAGACGCAAGAACGAAAAAAUAUAUUUACAUAUAUUUUGCUAUGAAAACCUCUAACUUUUUCAUUAUACAGAAUUAUUUUAUGUCAUGAUUUAUCAUAUUCUUAUGAUACAUUGUCAUGUCAUACUGUAAUACUGUAAAUUAAAUUUACCUUCCUCCAAAGUCUUUUAAAAAAUUCUGCUUAAUACUAUCAGCUAUGAUGACGUUCAGACACUAAGAGAAUGGAAUGAAUAUUAUUAAUUUCUUCCUUUUUCAAAAUAGUAAUAUUUCUUUGCCUUUGAUCAUUACUUCAAAUUAAUUGUUCACUUGUUGUCAAGGUUUCCUUUUGGCAUUUAUCAAACCUUUUUUUAACAGUAAUUUCACCCUUGAGGAGUUGUUUCUUUACAUUCAGUUUCACUCACAUACUGUGGUUUCAACUUGGUCAUUAUUGCCUGAUGUAAAAUCUCUAAAAAAAAAAAAAAAUGUUUUUUUUAAUUACGGGGGAUUUUUACCUCCCGCCGGGAGACCGGGGGAAAUGGAUCGAAAUUCCGGGGGAUUUUUCCCCCCGCCGGGGGAUAUGGCAUGUAUGCAUGUUAACUUCAACUAUUGUUACCAGGGCAACACAAAACUUGUAUACAAUACGUUAUCUUUUUCAGAACUUUUAAGCAUAAGAAAACAAAUGUUAUGGGUAAUUUUGUUUAUUUUUAUAAUGCUUUUGUUGAAAAACAUGUUAAAGCUGAUAUUUUUCAUUGAGAGGAGGACUCUUCAGUGUAAAAAAACAUUAUGUUGUUAUUGGUACAAAAUAUCUAUGUUGUGCCUUAAAUGUUUAAACCACAUUCCAUUUGUUAUAAAAUGUCGCCUUGCACACACACAUAUACAUAUAUAAAUACGUAUAUCAAUAUUUUUUGUUAAUGUAGUAGAACUAUAUCAAGGGCUGAUUGUUUAGAACUUUGUUAACGUAACACUGUUGUUAACAUCAUCGUUGUUAAUGUUCCAAUCUUUACUUCUUUGGAGGUUUAAUGAUGGACAUGUGUAGUAUUUCUUACACGUAUUGAGACAAAUGUUUCAGCUGUGUUUGUUCUUUUCAAAUACAUCAGCACGUUAAUGAAAAGUUAACAAUGACGCAGUUAACAACGUCGUUAACUUUAACAAAUUUCUGAACAAUCAGCCUAAAAAGUUUUGAAAAUUGUUAAGUUUGUUGUAAAAAGUAUAGACAUGUAUACGCUACUCUAAGAUUGUUCAAAGACAAAAUAGUGUCUCUCAUCAAGCAAACUGUGAUACUGUGUUAAAAUGUAUAUGUAGAUGGAAAAAUGUUGGGUACGUAUACUGAAUUACUCUUCAUUGUUAAUUCUUAGGAACACUUCCAUUUGUUGCUAAAUAUUUUUUUAAACUAAGUUUUUUUUGGAAAAAGUGAUUGGCUGUAGAUGUCCUUUCAUUUUCAUAUAUGGCAAAACAGGUUGUUAAUUUGUAGUUAUUUGAUAUUUAUUCAGUUGUACAUGGCUGUAGAUUGUUGAAUUUGCAUGUUUAUUGUACAAAAUAAGUAUGUUUUUGUAUUGUACAUAAAAUCAACACAGUGCAUUAUCGCUUUUCAUGCACUAAACCUGCAAUCGUAAGUGUCUCCCGAUAUUUUAUACUGUGUUAUUAACUCAUUUGUUUUUUCAAAGAAAAAAGUCCUGGCACUUUUUAUAGCCUUGAUGUUGUUGUUAGCAGCCUUGUUUAAGAUGGCGUGGCUGUUUGCAUUGUGGGAAAACUUGAAUGUGACCUUGAAAAGAAGUAAAGAAGCUAAAUGGUACACAUUUUAUACAAUGUUAUCCUCUUCUGCUAGUAUAUAUAUAUAUAUAUAUAUAUAUAUAUAUAUAUAUGUAUAUAUCUAUAAAAUUAAAGCCAAUAUGCCCAUUUCUCUAGCUAAAAUAUCAUUUGAAUAAAGCACCAUUUUAUCAACUGAGAAGAGCGGACAGGCGUUUAUUGAUUUUUGUUGAGAUAUUUUUAUGAAAUUUUGUUGUUUUAAAAGAAAUUGUUUGUAAUUAUAAGAUUAUCUUGAAGUCUCAGAACUGUUUUGUAAAUAUUCAGUUUUACUGUAACAGAGCUUUUAAUUCAUGGGCUUUUAAGAAAGUUAUUGGUGUUUUCUUUUAUAUCAUGGGUUUCAUAAUGAAAUCAUUAAUGUUUUUUUUGUUAAUUCAUUGGCUUUUAAGAAGGUUAUUUUUGUUUUGUUUUUAAUUCAUGGGCUUUAAAAUGGUCAAAGGUAUAUUAUUUUUAAUUCAUUGGCUUCUACAAAGGUCAUUGGUGUAUUUUUAAUUCAUGGGCUUUUAUGAAGGUCAUUGGUAUUUCCUUGUUAAUUCAUGGGCUUUUAUGAAGGUCAUUGGUAUUUCCUUGUUAAUUCAUGGGCUUUUAUGAAGGUCAUUGGUAUUUCCUUGUUAAUUCAUGGUCUUCUAACAAGGUCAUUGGUAUUUUCUUUUGAAUUCAUGGGAUUUUUUUUGAAUUUCAAGUGUUUCUUCAUUGGAACUGAAAAACAGAGAAAAUCUUAAAAAGUUGACAAAUUUACAUAAAAGCUUUCACAAUUAACAUUGAUUACAGUACAAGUGGCCAUAUUUAUAAUAUAAACAAUUCAUUCAUUUACUUUGUGUUUAAUUUAUUGAAGUAACUAAGCUGUCUACAUGUAUAUUAUUUAAAGCAAAAAGCAAAAAAAAUACCAUUAACAAAAAAUACUUGUGGUUCAUUUUUGUUGAGAGACACUUUGUUCAUAUUAUAUUUUUUAAAUGUACUAUGGCUUAGACCUAGUCAUAAUUGUUAAAGCAGUGAUAUAUUUUAGACAAUGUUUUCUUUUGUUCUUUAUAUACAAGAGCUCCGUCCAUUUAUUUAUUUAUUGCUCAACUCUGUAUUUUCAUUGAUACAAUUUUAUAACGUGUCAUAUGUUUUAGUUUGAUUUCCAAACCAUUCCCUUGACGUCUUACAUAUGAAUGCAUGAACUAUCUUAUUAUUAUAAAUUGUUUGUGUAAUAUACCACAGAAACAAAAUAAAAUUUAAAUGUUU